UGAUUACACAGGUAGUAGACAAGGUUGCAGGUAUACCCCACAUUACACAUGUACUGGACAAGAUUACAGAUAUGCCCCACAUGAUUACAUAUGUACUGGACAAGAUUACAGAUUUUUCCCACAUGUACUGGUUAAUAUUACAGAUAUGUCCCACAUGAUUACACAUGUACUAGACAAGAUUACAGAUAUUCCCUACAUGAUUAUAUAUGUACUGGACAAUAUUACAGAUUUUCCCCACAUGAUUACACAUGAACUGGACAAAAUUACAGAUUUACACCUCUACAUGAUAAUAUAUAAACUGGUCAAUAUUACAGAUAUGUCCCACAUGAUUACACAUGUACGAGACAAGAUUACAGUCAUGCCCCACAUGAUUAUAUAUGUACUUGACAAUAUUACACAUGUAUUAAACAAGCUUUUGACAGGCUGCAAGCAUAUUUUCAAUCAAGUGCCAUAUAAUUCAAUAAAUUCAAAGGAUACAACACGUCAUAUAUACAUAUGCUUCAAAAUGAGACAUUGUAUAACACAACCGCCAACACCUUUUUACAACAUGUUUUCAUUAUAUGGCCUGAUGUUAAAAUGCAUAAGUAGAUGUACUUAUGAUUUCUACUUUUACAAUGUCUGUAAUUCUAUUCAUGUGCGAAUAUGAGUCAAUUUGACCUUGUUUCUAUGGGUGUCUUUUUUAAAAAAACAAAGGGUAAUAUACUUCUGUACUACCCUCAAGGAGGUCUGACAUCUGAGAUUCUCCUCAAGUAGCUUAAAUCGAUUGCUAAAAGCCAUCAGAAAUACAUAACUUUGUGUUUAAAGUAGCUUUCACAUUAUGGACUAUUAGCCGUGUGGGUUCACUGUUUGCCAUCGUGUGGCCAAUUUUUAGCGGCGUUUUUUUAAUUAAUUAAUUUUUAAAUUUUUGUAAUGGGGUAUAUUGUAUUGCUGGAAAACUAAUUGUUUUGCCCAUUGUGUGUCCAUGCCGUGCCCUGCCGUCUGCCCAAAAGUAUUCACACAGUGGUGAAUGGUGAGACUACACACUGGUGAUCCACUCGAUUACGCUGGUUACCGAAAUGGUUCGUUUUGGUAACAAAAUGUCGGGACGUCGAAGGUACGAUUUUUCUUUUUCCUUAUUUCAC